AUGUGUAAUAAUAGUUUUUCUCAAAGUGUGCAUCUGAAUAAACACUGUCUUGUUCAUGCUCGGGAGAAACCUUAUUCUUGUAGUAUAUGUAAUAAAAGUUUUUCACUAAAAUCUAGUCUGAAAAGACACAGUCGUGUUCAUACUGGUGAGAAGCCUCAUUCUUGUAGUAUCUGUAGUAAAACAUUUUCACAAAAAAAUCAUCUCACUACACACAGACUUGUUCAUACUGGUGAGAAGCCUUAUUCUUGUAGUAUAUGUAAUAUAAGUUUUUCACUAAAAUCUAGUCUGAAAAGACACAGUCGUGUUCAUACUG